CUCUUUCGCCCUCCGCCAUCCCAGCAUGCACUGCGAGGUCUGCAGUAUAUUAUUGACAAAGAAAAAAGCCUGGAGAGAAACAACAACAGGGUGGGAUCAGAAGCUCCAACACUGGUGAUAGCACUAAUGUUGGUCGACCCCGAGUGCUGACAACAAGUACCACAUCAUGGCCCUGAGGCAAUGAGAGCGGAGAGUGCCAUUUUCACCUAAAGGGAGUUGCACAGCUUGAUAGUUUGUGGAGAGAGGGGUGGGGGGGCCCAGGAGGCAGACCGCGGACGGGGAAGGGGAAGAGCUCAGCUGGAGCCAAUGCAGCAGCAGCAUCGACAGCCUGAGCUGGUGGAAGGAAGCCUUCCCGUGUUCGUGUUCCCCACUGAGCUCGUGUUCUACGCAGAUGAUCAGACGUCUCACAAGCAGGUGCUCACCCUCUACAACCCUUAUGAGUUCGCCCUCAAGUUCAAAGUGCUGUGCACAGCGCCAAACAAGUACACAGUGGUGGAUGCCACCGGAGCAGUCAAGCCACAGUGUUGUGUUGACAUAGUAAUCAGACACAGAGAUGUGCGGGCAUGCCAUUAUGGGGUGUACGACAAGUUCCGACUGCAGGUGUCGGAGCAGAGUCAGCGGAAAGCGCUGGGUCGUAAAGAGGUGACAGCCACGCUUCGUGCCUCGGCCUCGCUGGAGCCGCCCAGCCCCCGGGCCCAAGAUGAGGAACGCAGAAUCAAAGAGCAGUUUGCAGACAGCGAGUUCUUUGAACAGACUGCAUUUCAAACAGAGAGCCGCCCUGUUGCUGGAGGUCCCAGUCUGCUGACGGUGCUGCUUGGCCUGGUGUGUAUGGCCGCCCUGAUGCUCCCGACACUGGGGGAGCAAGAAUCUACUGUGCCUGUCUACCUCCACUUAAGUGUUAACAAGAAACUUGUAGCUGCUUAUGUUCUUGGUCUUCUUACAAUGGUCAUCCUACGCACAUGAACUGCUGUGAGCUGAGAGGAGACAGGGAAAUGAUCUCAAGAUGAGGAUUAUGUCCUCCCACCGGAGGAACUACUGCGCUCCAACAAGUACAGCUGACAGCAUUUGGAUGGGGCACUUUAUUCAAACCACCUCGCCCCCUCAAAGAUUCAUUUUGUAUUCUUGUUUUCCAAUAAACAUAUUUGUGUCAAUUGAUAAAUUGACACAAUUACAGAACUGAUGCAAACGGUGGAGCGCUCCAGUGCAUAGGUCAAAGGUAGUAGGAGCUGUCCCCAUGCAGGGCCUGUGAAGAAACAUGAAGCCACUCAAAGUGUUGUCUGGCCUCAGAUUCUCUAUGUCUGUAUUUUUAUUGCCAUUAUGUGACAGAAUACGGUGAACCUGAGUGUUAAGGACUUGCAAACGUGUAUAUAAAGCCAUUAAAAUUUUGUUAUGGUAUUCACCUGUAACCAUCGUUAUAUUGAUGUUUUAAAGCAUUUUUAGUGUGGACUCGGAGGACUAAAUGCAGUUACUUGCAUGCGUGGAAACCUUUUCUGAAUGAGUUUUUAAUUUUUUCCAGUUUGAGAUACUUUUACUUGUCACCGAAGGAAAGAUCUUUUCUUUGAGACGGUGGUUUGUUAGCUGUGCUAUAUCAAUGCUUCGUCAAACAUUUAAUAAAGUCUCAAUACAGCUGUCUGCUAUAAUGUUCA